CGAGCGGACGCACUAAGUUUAGCGGUGCGGAAGCAAAGAACUCGCCCGCUUUUCCCACGCGAAAACGCCCCAGAAGUUACCAGCCUCCUGGUCGCUUCCCGGUCCCUUUGUCCGUUUGAAAGUCUAUCAGGCCGCUAACGACCCGUAAGCCGGUCAAGGAGCUUUACCACCAAGCCACGCCAACGCCUCUUAUAUGACCUACGUUCUCCAACCUUUUCUUGCAUACAGCCGGCGUAGCUCUCCGUAUCUGCUCCAACCGCCUCUUAGCUAUUUGAACCUUUAACCCCCUUUUCUGCUAGACUGCCAGAGGAGCACUUAAGGGUCUUCCAAGUCUCUUUUGCCAUGCCUCGUCGAUCGUCUCGGGCCGCUCCCGCGUCGGCGCCAGCUCCAGCGCCGGCUCCAAAAAGGCGCGCGUCUGAAAGACUAUCCACAUCCACGGACUCCAAAAAUGAUCCCAAAAGGCGAAAGUCCGAAGGCACCACCGGUCAAAAUCUCGUGAAAACCACCACCAAAACGAGCAAAUUUUUCCAGGAAGAUGACCCGGAGGAGUCCGCGCCUAAGACCGGGAGUCGGAAGGCAUUCAAGAGCGCAAAGAGCAGAAAAGGAGGCGCCAAAUCGCAGGAUGACUCGGGCGAAGAAAGCGCAGGCGACACGGUGCCGAAAGACAAGCAGCUGUGGCGAGAAGGCGUCACGACCGGCCUGGGGCCCGGGAAGGAAGUCUUCAUCAAGAAGCCUAAGGCCAAGGAUGCAGGAAACAUUCCAUAUGAGGAUCACACGUUGCAUCCCAACACCCUCGAGUUUCUGGAGGGUUUAUCGGAGAACAAUGAGAGGAGCUGGCUCAAAGCACAUGAUGCGGACUAUCAGGCUGCAAGAAAGGAUUGGGAAAGCUUCGUUGUAUCUCUCUCAGAGAAAAUCUCAGACGUCGAUAGCACAAUUCCCGAAUUGCCAGCUAAGGACAUGAUAUUUCGCAUUCAUAGGGACGUCAGGUUCACCAAAGAUCCUACACCGUAUAAGCCUUACUUUUCUGCUGCUUGGUCUCGCACGGGUAAAAAAGGCCCUUAUGCCUCUUACUAUGUCCAUUGCCAGCCCGGAUCUUGCAUCAUCGGCGCGGGAUUGUGGCAACCAGAUGCCGACCAAUUGGCGCUUCUUCGAGAGGAUAUCGACCGCAAUUCGCAUGGGCUGAAGGCCGUGUUGAACGAGGCAAAUAUGCGCCGCGAAAUCUUGAACGGGGUACCUGACGACGAAGAGAAAGCCGUGAAGGAGUUUCUCGAUCAGAACAAAGAGACUGCUCUCAAGAUCAAACCUAAGGGAUACGAUGUGGACAACGAAAACAUCAAAUUGCUUCGCCUACGGAAUUUCACCAUUAGCAAGCCUCUUGCCGAUGAGGACUUUAGAAGCCCCGACGCACAGGAUAAAAUCGCGGCGCUCAUUGGUGUCAUUGAACCUUUUGUUACGUAUCUCAACAGCGUCGUCAUGCCCGAUGCGGUGGAUCCGGUCAACCACUCUGGAUCCGAGUCUUCGGACGACUCUGCCAGCUAGAAUCACUGGAAUUUCCGCGAUGUUGGGUGCUUAGUCCCCUCAAUGGCGACCGUCUUGUUUUAUCUCGCGGUGUAGGCUCUCUCGAUUUCCAUCUCUUUGGACUCCAGAGGAAUGUGCCGCCUCAAGGGACUGGCCUUUUCUGUUUCCAGUGGCUUGGGGCUUUCUGUAGUCAUGACAGCAGACAUCCUUCCCCCCUCUCUCUCUCACUCAUUUUUUGCUUGAGCAUGCUGAGCUAAGGACAUCGAUACCUAG